AUGAUGAACUUUGCAGAUACGCUGGUCAUCCUAAAUGACGACGCGCCCUGUGAGCUGCUGAGGAAGAAAUAUGCGCAGAUGCUUGUCCCAACGGUAAGCGUGUCAAGCUUUAAAAAGAACAAGCUUUACAAAACCUAUAACAACGUAUUCCUGUACACGUACAGAGAGUAUGACUUCUUAUGGGAUUUAGACGAUAAUAUUUUGCACAAGGUCCAGAGGUGCCUGAACAAGAGCGGGGUGCUCAAACUGGUUCUUUACAUAAGCAACACAGCAGAUGGGGACAGCAAAAGGCAUGAUGAAAUUGCGAAGCGAUUAAAGAAGGAGUGCCUCUACAGCGGCUUCAUCAACAUUUCCAACGAAAUCAGCAUGGCGGAAAACGGGACCAUCAUAAAUGUGACAGCAGAGAACCCAGAUUUUUUAUCAAACGAAGACGGUGAUGAUGCGAAUUCAAGUGACGGAGAGGCGUACGAAAAUGCGGAGGAUAACAAGAAGGUCGUCAACAGGGUGUGCGCUAACUGCACAUGUGGGAAAAAAGCAAACGGAGUUAAACUAGACAAAGUUGCCAUAAAUGAAAAGGAAGUGCAGUACCUGACGGAGAACGCCGUUUCUUCCUGUGGAAAUUGCUACCUGGGGGACGCCUUCCGAUGCGCCUCUUGCCCCUACAAAGGCCUACCAGCAUUCCAGCCUGGCGAAAAUGUGAAGCUCAAUUUAGACAAUGAACCUAACUGAAGUAGGAGCGCUUCCCCCCCCCAUUCGAACCACCACCUGAUCAGCUUUUAAAACGACCCAAUCGUUUUCCCCAUUUUUGCCGCUUCACAUCAGUAUGAAUAAUUUUAAUUAACCCGUAAAGCCCGCUUCCCACAAAUCGCUGGAGUCUUUUUUUUUUUUUUUGUCCCCUUUUGUAAAAGAAGAAAAGAGGCAUUCCGUCAUUUGAACGGAGCAGAGAAAAGUGAGCAACCGG